AUGCAUGGCUCUGGAUCACCCGCUGGAACGGGCCAAUUCAUUUCGGGACACUUGACCGACAGACCCAACGGAUGGCCCAAUAGCCGAUCUUCUACCACUGCCCAGCCAAUGAAUUACGCAAUCAAGAGUCCCAUGUUGGUGAAGCAAAUCUCCAAUCCGGGAUUCACUGCUGUCCAGGCAAAUUCCAGUGCACGACCUAGUAGGCAAUUCUACAAUCGGCAAGUAUCCAGUCCAGCAAUGAUGACAUCCAGCCCACUCCUGGUCAAGCCUACUAAUGGAAUUAAUAAUCCCAAUGCGGCCGGGCGGCGGAUUUACGGUGGUCCUCGACUCUUGGUCAAUCCGAAAAUCUUUUCACCGCCGGCCAAUCAAAACAACAACAACAACAAGAGCGGCAGUGUCAGCAGCCUCAAUUCGAGUGGCGGCAGUGGCUUGGACAUUUCCAUGACGAGUCAACAGCACAAGAAAUCCGGUGGAUUCAACAGUGUCCCGCCACCCAGUCCAGUCGUCCGUCCACCGACCAAUGCCCAGGAUCGGCCUAGCUUCUUCAACGUCACUCCAGAUGGAGAUGGUGCCGGAACUAGUUCGAAAUUGAACGACGCUUCACCUCUUCCGGGCUAUCAGUCUUUGUCACCUCCGCCCAGGAUGUCCGCAUUGCCUUUGGCCCAGCUGUCUAACACGUCAGCAUCGGCAGAAUUUCAACGAAAAGAUUUGCGCUACAAUUCGCUUCCGGCUCGAUUCAAAACGGUGGCUGAUUAUUAUGCCUCCUUGACUGGAAGACGCUCUUCAUUCGAACCGGAAAACAAUCAGUAUUUGCCAAGCCCAAACUCUGGAAAUAACGAAAGGAGAACUAGCACACUGCCAUCUCCGUCGAAAACAGCAGCAAUGGCAGCCAGAAAUAGCGGAAGAGAAAGCCCAGAAGAAGGCGGGUUUCUGGAAUUUUCCGUCAAACGUUCCAAUUCUUUCAGCUCUUCAACGGCGUCUGGGUCUCCCAGUACUGUCCAGCAUCAACAGCAUCAACAGCAUCAACAGCAUCAACAGCAUCAACAGCAUCAACAGCAUCAACAGCAUCAACAGCAUCAACAGCAUCAGCAACAACGAGGAGGAUCAUCGCCAACACCUUCGUUUUCCUCUUGUUCGCUCGAUGGUUCCUUUUCCACGUCCAGCUUGAACGAUUCCGUGGAUAUCCGUCCCGGUCCUUGGCCGUUCCGACCCUCAGAUGCUGCAGCACUUGCUUCCUCAUCACCACAACCCAAAAUGGUUGUACAUUCUAUCGGAUUGGUCAAACGAACCACCAUUUCUGAUUUCAAACGAAAGCUGCUCCAGCAGCUCCAUCAUCCGGCGUCUAAUAAAAAGAUUUCGGCCGUAGAGCAACUCAAAGCUACCCAACCUCCACCGGCCGGAAUAGUCGCGAACAAAGGAGGGCCGCCCAUUUCUCCUGAUAUUAGUCCAGUGACGAAACAUCCGGCACUGGAGAAUUUGAUUCGUCGUAGUGCUAGAGUGAGCUACAUUGCCAGUAGGCUUAGUCAGCAGCAACAGCAACGCAAUAACCGAUUUCAUCCGCACUACAGUCCACGAACGGACGUGUUGUCCUCCACCAUUGCAGAGGGUCGAAGUGAGGAAGAACUGGCUGCGGCAGAUGACGAUACAGCCACCGUUUCGUCAGCUACCAGCAGCAAUGCAGCUAGUGUCCGUAGACAUUUAUCUUUUCAAACAAACUCACGUCGUGGGUCGUCCACCCCUUCUAGUGGUAGUUCUACACCCAUUGAAACGUCUCUCUAGUUAGUGGGAGACAAUUAGAAAUCAUUCGAGUUCCAGUCAUAAUUUCUGUUUAGUGUAACAUACCUUAAACUGCCUGAAUUGUUUGUGCCUUUAGUAUUGCAUUUGACUUCUGUUUACUAAAUAUAUAUUCAUUGUCAAGAAUACAUCGAAACCUUGCAGUGCCUGUAAAGAUAAAUGUAUAAUAGAAAUUUAGCAUCAAAAUACACUCUAAGAAAUCUUU